GAUGACUAAGAAAUGUAACAGAGGUAGAUUUGGGUUGUUUUCGCAACUGCCUUGACAACCAAAAUCACCCCCCAAAGAAAACAAAUCAGAUUCAUUCCAUCAGACGUAGCUCAACGACGAGGGCUGCGCUCUCAGCGCCACCAUAUUAUACUAACCUCAGGUACUAACUCAUAGCACAGGUAAUAAUAGCACCAGAUAAAUGACAUUCAAUUGACUCCGUCCCCGAUUCAAAGGUCCUUUCUCCUUUAUCUUCUGCAGAACCAGGUCGUACCAUCAGUAUUGUUUCAAGACGGCAGCCUGCCCACGUAUUCUCGACACGACGUUUAGUUAAUUUAUCUGUACUCUCGGCUUCGAGACACCAGACCAGCCAUAACAAUAAUGUCUCUAUCAAUGGCAAGGACGAUCGUCACCCCCAAGAAACCAACACCUUCUACGCCACCAGUCACGGACAGCCCAGGCACAUGGCGACAUCCGCGCAUACAAGAAAUUACCCGGCGACAGGAGGCUACUACAUUCACCGACGGAAACGUCAAGCGCAUCGCCGUUAAUAUCGUCGUGCUCAUAGCAUUGAUCUUUCUGCAUUCUCUUCUGGCGCGAGUAUUGCCAUCUAAGAAAUCAUUCCCCUACGCUGUCUGGAACUAUUCGCGAUACGCGUACUGGACAGUUCUUGCCAUACCCCUCUUUAACAUCGGCACGAAUCUCCUGCCUCUGCUCAGGCCCCAAGAUGAUCUAUCCGAUAUCCCCCUAACCCCCGGCCAGCGAAAACUGCUAGGCCUGCCACUGACCUCCGCGCCGCCUACGCCAGGCUCCGCAUAUAGCACGCCGCCCCGCUACUCCCGAACCCCUUCAAUCUCCGGAUCUGCGGGUAGCAAGCGCAGCUUCUCCAGCUCCCCUCGCAGCUCUGCCUCCAACUUUGGCAGUUCUAAUGGGCUGAAUGGAAAUGGCAGUCUUGCCGGAUUAACGUCUCCACAGAGCCCCCUACUGCAGAAAGCUAUGAACGGCGCGCGGCGCUCUUCGAUAAGCUCCCUAGGAUCGCCUAGUCCUAUGGGCGCCAGCACAGGAUUCGCUUCGUUCUACGGCGGAGUCCCUGAUAGCCCUAGCCCCAGCCCCGCAAAUGGGAAGAGAAGUACGGUUGGGUUGAGCAGCAAGUGGCUGUAUGAGAGGGGACGAGACCGCAGAAGUUCAUCAAGCAAUGCGUGGUUGCAUGCCUAGGGGAAAGAAUAAGCAAUGUAAGGUAUAAUGCGAAAUACCAGCUUUCGCUACACUCAUGAGCCGCGCGUGUGUGAAAAUUAAGUAUAGACGUCAAUAUAGACGAGACUAAUGCAACGCGGGAUAUAUUACAGCAUAUUGGAGUUUUGUGGACGUAACUGAGGUUUGCCACGGUGGAAUAAGCCUGGAGUUGUCUGUUGCUGGUUAUCAUAGCAGGUGCAUAAGAAUAUAAUCGUAGUCCUGAUACGAGGCAGCGUGUCUUGUCCCAUUCAGUUAACUACAUAUAGCAUACCAAGUAAAAAUGACAAUAAUCAUUUGAUAGCCUUAAA